AUGGCCCCAGACCCGGUCCUCGUCGUCUACAACCCCGUCUGCGGCGACCGCUCCGCCCAGGCCUUCUUCGACGCCCACGUCCUCCCCCUCCUCGCCCAGCACGGCGUCGCACCCGCGAAAGUCGCCACCACCGAGAGCCCAGGCCACGUCGGCCAGCUGCUCGUCGACUUCCUCGCCGCCGCGGACCCUGCCGCGCCGCUCUCUGUCGUCCUCGGCUCGGGCGACGGCACCCUGCACGAGCUCAUCAACGUCCUCCACAAGUCUGCGGGCGGCUCCGCCCUCCCCCGCAUCAACGUCGCCCUCGUCCCCUGCGGCACCGCCAACGCCCUCUACGCCGCCCUCUUCCCCCCCUCGCCCGACGACGACCCGGUCCAGUACCGGCUCCGCUCCGUCCAGCAGCUCCUCGCCCCCGCCCCGCGCACCAUCCCCCUCAACCUCGCCGUCGCGGACAUCGCGCCCGGGCCCGUCGCGACGCCGGGCGUGCCCCGCGGCGCGCGGCAGGCCGCGAUCUCCGCCGUCGUCGCCUCGACCGCCCUCCACGCCGCGAUCCUCCACGACUCGGAGGCGCUGCGCGCGACGGACCCGAGCAUGGAGCGCUUCAAGACCGCCGCGCGGCAGAACGUCACGCGCUGGUACGCCGCCCACGUGAAGCUCUACCCACGCGACGGCGCGGGCGUCGUCGAGGUGUACGACCCCGCGACGGGGACGUUCGUGCCCCACGAGGAGAGCUCGGAGGACGAGCCGAUCGUCGACGUCGGGGGCCCGUUUGCGUACUUCUUGUCGACCGUGAACGUGGACAGGCUCGAGCCCGCGUUCAGGAUCACGCCGAGGGGCAAGGACGUACUCGGGGAGAAGACGACCGCGGCGCUGGACUUGGUCAUGAUCAGGCCGUUCAGGGACCCGUCUGUGGACAUGGAUUCUGAGGAGGUGAGGGCGGCAUUUGCGCAGAAGCAGAUGACGGUUGUCGGCGGCGCGUAUCAGGACGGAAAACACAUCGACAUGCGCUACGACGACGACGGCAAGAUUGUGUCGGAGGGCACUGGACCCACUGUGGUCGAGUACAUCCGGUGUGGACGCUGGGUAUGGGAGCCGGACGACAUCGACGAGCGCGCGCACUUUGUCUGCACAGACGGCGACAUUCUUCUGAUACCCAAAGGCGGUAGGGCUGUCUGCACGGCGGCUGCACCGAUGGACGCUACCACAGGAUUUGCUGUUUACGCUUGA